GUCUUUAAAUUACUAAUCAUCUUCAUUCACAUUAAAGAUGGCGUCCAAGAAAGGCUGGGGUUCAUUAUGACAUGGUAGAUUUGUGAAUUGAAAAUGGAAACUAACGUUGUCCCAACUUGUCAUCAGUGUGUUGCAUGUGGGGAGAUUUUUGAACGGUACAGUGACCUAACAAAGCACAGUAAAAUACAUACUGAUGAAGACGAAAAUGAUGAUGUAGAAAUUAGUGGAGCUGAAAACAGUCUAUGUAAUAAAUUUUCAGAUAAGAAAAUACUAGAAGAAGAAGAAGAAGAAGAAGAAGAAGAAGAAAAAGUCAAUACUGACGAAAUUACAAUACCAGGGACAAAACCGAUAAACAUAUCUGAUCAUGCUUGUGAUUUAUGUGGUAAAUUAUUCAGUCAUUUAGGUAAACUACAGACACACAUGAAACUUCAUUUUGGAGAAAAACCAUAUAAAUGUGAUGUUUCUGGAUGCAGUAAUUCAUUUUAUACCUUUAGUGAUUUUAACAGACACAAGAUUGUUCACUCAUCAGAUAAACCUUUUAUUUGUGGGCUUUGUGGUAAAACAUUUACCAGAAGUACCAGUUUACAAAAACAUUUAAAAAUGCAUAUUGGAGAGAAACAUUUUAAAUGUGAGCUAUGUCCCAAGUCCUAUUGUUCAAAUGGUGAUCUGACCAGGCAUAUGAGAGUUCAUACUAAUGCUACUCCGUAUAUGUGUGGUGUUUGUAAUAAAUCUUUUAGUAGAAACUCAACUCUACAGAAACACUUGAGCAAUCAUACUGGAGAUAAACCUUAUAAAUGUGAUUUCUGUAGCAAGUCAUAUGUUACUCACAGUGACUUAGUCAAACAUGUGAGGUCUCAUACAGAAGGCAAUCAGUUUAUAUGUGACAUUUGUAGUAAAUCAUUCACUCAAAAAUGCAGUCUACAAACACACAGCAGAAUUCACACAGGUGAAAAACCUUUCAAAUGUGACAUCUGUAAGAAGGCAUACAAUCGCAGGUGUGGACUACAGCUACAUUUGAGAACCCACACUGGAGAAAAACCUUAUAAAUGUGAUAUUUGUGAAAAAUCCUUUAGUCGUGGUAGUAAUCUCAAUGCACACAAACUACAAAUUCAUGCUGGAGAAAAAUCUCAUAGAUGUGAUAUGUGUAGUAAAUCAUUCUAUGCUAGAAGUGAUCUUGGCAAGCAUAUACGAACUCAUACUGGGGAAAAACCUUUUAAAUGUCAUCUUUGUGAUAAGCAUUACAGUCAAAGGUGGAGUCUUUCAGUUCACAUAAAAAAGCACUGAACUAAUUACCACUUAGAGGAAAAUAGUUUCCACGACCACAAUGCAUUUUGCUUUUAAUUAAGAAAGAUAUAAAACACCCUAAAGGAUAUGAUGGAGUGAAAAUUUGUCAGGAUUCUGCUUCCUUUGCACACGAUAUGAAAGGGAUAUGGUCAACCACCCAUAGCACCUAAAAUCUUCACUAAAACAUUUUGAAGGGGCAUUUUUUAAUCACAGGAGAUCGUAUACUAAUUAGGAGAUAUUUUGAUUUUGUACCUUUAAUUAAAUGUUAAAUAGUCAUUUUAGUGUGGAUAAAACCAAUGAAAAUUUGAAAGUUUUCGAAAAAUGCAAAUACUUAUAAGCAUUUCAAAGACUAAAACAAGCAAAAUCUGUUGCAGUGUAUAAAGAAACUGAUGUAAAUGUUGAAUGGCCGUAACUUAAAAUAUGAUUGAUUGGAAUAGUUUUUGUACCUGAAUAUAUUUAAAUAAAGUACUUCUGAUUGUG